AUGAAGAAUUAUAGUACGACGUUUAGGUUGAUGCUCGUUUGCCUUUUUCUUUGCUCUGAAAUUCGCGCACAGGAUCGAUUUCGAAGGAUUCGUCGUAAAAUCGGCGAGGAUCGUUUUUGUAAUUUUGACGAAGCUCGAAGCAAUUACGAUGCCACGGAUUUAUUAAGGUGUAUCGAUGAAUUGGCUGUCGAUCUCAUCGAUCGAGAAAGUGGCGUGCUAAAAGUCUCCAAUGGAAAAGGUCAAUUGAAUGGAUUCACGGGCAGGAAGAUCUCUUUUAUGGAUGUUUUCUCGAGUGUUUUCAAUAACCUUUUCUACUUACAGUCGCAUCAGAGCAGCUCCCUUCCGGUGUACCCGAUUUCCGACUAUCAGCAAUCGAAUUAUCCGAGUGAAACCGUCGGUCUUUCUCCUGGAUUUCAACUGAAUCUGCUCGAUACGCUGUCCACGAUAUCCAGCCACGAUGACUACAAGUGUGUGCCCAGGAUACUCUGCGAGGUGGCCAGCGGAAAACUUCCUGGAAGAUCGUUAGGCAAACAGAGCUCCGGCUUCUUCGAGUUGCUCGGUCGAAAUGUUUUCACGGACUGGCUAACGAAAAUCGAUGUCGCUGGAAUGUCUCCAUUGCUGAACUUUGGUAGAGCGAUGAUUCUUGGGUAUAGCAAUCGAGGAAAUUCUGUGGCCUGCUACGAGGCGUUUCCAAAAUGUCCACGAGACACGAAUGGAUUGAUUUACUAUCUGAAUAACUAUAAUGGAGGGUUUUUCAAUCUUUUCAACAGGAUUCGAGGUGGAAAAUACAGGACGUCUAACGGAGAUCCUGGUCAGCCAGUUAAUGAUUAUUCGAAGAUCGAAGUGAGGGAAAGAAUAGUCGCUGGCAGCUCGACGGAACCCAUUCGGAAUGAACCAGUGCUAAAUACGGUUCAAUUUCCAUCUAUAGAAUAUCAAAAAUAUUAUGCAAACGGAGAGUAUCCAAGAUUUGAUACGAUAAGAAAUUACAAUGCGAUUACUUUUCCUGAUCAAAGAGAAUUAAGCAUCGAACCAACGAAUAGUUUACAGGAUGACGUUCCAAAAUCGGAACCGUACGUUUGGCAAAGAGACAACGUUGCAUUCUUUCCCAAAGAAAACCAAGACAGAAGAAUCUCUCGAUUUCGAUUCCCCUCGAGGUUUACAAUCGCACCGUCGUAAUCCGAAAUUGUAACA